UUCCGGUGCGGCCUGGUGUCAGCGCCGCGGCCAUGGCGGAGCUGACGGACGCGGAGCUCCGGAAGGAGCUGGUGGCGCUCGGUUACCGGCCGGGGCCCAUCACCGCCACCACCCGCAAGGUCUACCUGAAGAAGCUGGGCUGCCUGCGGGCUGAGGUGGCGGCCGCCCGGCGCAGGGGCCGCGGCGCUCCGCACAGCCCGGCCCGCAGCCCCGCCAGGCCGCAGCAGGCCUCGCCCUCGCGGCAGCGCUCCGGCUUCAACCUCAGCUCCACCGGGGCCGCCCGCGACAUUAAUCUCUUGCCUGUGGAUUGUGACAAAAGAACAGAUGAUUUCUGUCAAGCUAAACAGAAGGAUGUAGUAAUGAACGUGCUGCACGAGUUGUACAACUACUUAUCCGUUCAAGCUGGUAAUUUUGAAUGCGGAAACCCUGAGAAUCUAAAAAGCAAAUGCAUUUGGGUUAGUGAAGCAAAGGAUCACGUGGUGAACAUAACUGGUAGCUCCCCACAGAAGUUUGAAGCUGCCCUGCACUGGAUACUAAACAGUAACAAGGAUUUAGGAAUAUGGUUGAAAGGCAAAGACCUUUCAGAACAAGUUACCAAAGUGGAGGAAGUGUUCUGUCUUGAAUCAGCCCAUCCUCAGAUGGGCCUUGGCUGCCGUUUCCGUCGGGCAGUGGUCACUGCUAUCAUGAACCUCUUCCUGUUCUUCUGUUGUCUGAUAACUCUUUGGGGGAUCCUGCUCUUCCUUAAGUAUCGCUGGCGGAAAAUGGAGGAAGAGGAGCAAGCCAUGUAUGAAAUGGUGAAGAAGAUCAUAGCUGUUGUCCAGGACCACUAUAAGGAGUGGGAACGGAAUUUGGAGCGUUACCCCUAUGUUGGAAUUUUCCAUGUUCGGGACAGCCUCAUCCCUCCUCAGAGCAGAAAAAAAAUGAAGCGGGUGUGGGAGAGAGCUGUGGACUUCCUGGCUUCCAAUGAGUCACGGAUUCAGACAGAGUCACACAGGGUAGCAGGAGAAGAUAUGCUCGUGUGGAGAUGGACUCAGCCUUCUUACGUCUCGGAUUCAGAGCACUGAAGAGGAGCAGAAGUUGAGCAAGUGUUGAUACGGACCUCGGCAAGGGGACAGUCCCCUCUCUGGUGGUGGGAAAGAGCAGGGCAUGGUCCUGACCUCCUGGGGUGGGGGAUUGCACGUAGCUGUUUGCUCUUCUUUCUGCAAAUCUUCACACACACAAAUUCAGGGCAAUAAUGUUGGCUUGGAAAGAAGAUGGGCUCGAGACGAGAAGCUAGAAUUGCACCAAAGUUAGCCUUCCAGCAGAUGUCUGGCUUCCAGGAGCAAGCAAACCUAGAACAACUUG